GCAAUGUAAACAGCAAGGAUUUCCCAUGAUGAAAAGCAGGCUUGCUAGCCGCCGUCCACAUCAGAUUCUCUGUACUUUUGAAAUAGAAAUAAAAAUUUAAAAAAAAACAGAAAUGCCCGUUUUAAAGCUAGCCACUUUCUAUACCCAAUUCUUUCCCUCGGAGCGAGUGCGUUGCAGGGAGCUGAAGCGCAGGAGGCAGCUGAUGAGGUUACUGGAGGAGCGAAAGUUGGAAAUAGAGAACCAAGCUCAGCCGAAGUGCCCCAAGGAACCCGCGAACUUUGAACUCCAGUCGAAGCAUGUGAUUGGCAGCUUUCAGCUGAGGUUCGAGCGAGAUCCGCUGAGCGAGAGGCUGGAGAUCACGGCCACGCUGCCCAGCCCGCGACUUCCGCCGGAAACGGAACCGGAGCCGCAGGACGAGCUGCUCUACGAGCUGUACGUGUGCAGCAGCCAGGGUCGCCUGCUGGCCAGGAUUCCCUUCCUGGAGAGCGACUACCGACGUGCCGCCCACAGGGCCAUCAAUUGCAUGUCCAUCUAGUGCG